AUGCCUUCCCUGCCUGACUCGCCUCCCCCGGUCCCUCCGCCCGUGCCCGUCGAGACGCAUCCGAACCGGACCGUCGGCGUCAAGUCCACGCCUACCGCGCCACGAGCCCUCCCGGAUCCCACCCGCCUGGCCCCUGAAGAUGCAUAUUACACCUCAUCCGUGCCCCGGGCUCGACCGACAGCCACCGGCUACGAUGAAUCGCUCCGCGUGCUAAACGGGAAUGCCGCCUCCGUGGCGGCAUUGCGACCUCCGCCCGCGGUGCCGGUAGGGAGUCGCAAGGUGCGCGGAACUAGUCGACGGAGACGACGGAAGGGGGCGUGGAAGAAGCUCCUGUGGGUGAAGCAGUCGUAUCCCGAUAAUUACACCGACACCGAGACGUUUCUGGACCAUCUUCAGCGGAAUCCCCGGGUGCGGCCUUACGAUUUCUGGCCGUUGGUGGCGGACUCGACGGUGAUUGUACAACAUGUGAGCUCGGUGGCGAUAUUCGUCUGCUGCUUUGUGGGCAUUGUGCAGGGCCGGGUGAGUCCGGUGUCGGUCGUGUGUUGGGGCAGUGUCGGCACCGCGUUGGGGUGGAUCUUUUGGGACUCUUGGAUACUGAGGGAACAUGUGGAGAAUGCGCAUGGCGCGGAACGGGCAUUGGAGGGGGAUGAUGGGUCGAGCUCGAGCUCCAUGACUAGUUCGGUCAAUCCGUCUGGGACGAGCUCGCGCGCCAACGGGCAGAAGGAGCACCAGGUGCACGGGCUGGGACUGAGCAUGGCGCAGGGCGACAGCGAGCUGGUUCGACGGCAUAGUACGUGGUAUGUUGGGGAUGCCUACGGGGGUCAAGAACCGGGGUCUCCUGGGCCGUCCAAUGGGAUGUUCAACGGCUCUCCUGAGCCAGACAUGUCGACGUUUUCCUCGCGCAAUCGACAGCGGUUGUCGACGGUCAAGUCGGCCUUUCUGAUCUACUUCGCACUGCUCGGGCUCAGUCCGAUCCUCAAGUCGCUUACGAAAUCCACGGCCAGUGACUCGAUAUGGGCCAUGAGCUGCUGGCUGCUGAUCAUGAACAUCUUCUCCUUUGACUAUGGAAGCGGGGAGGGCGCGGGCGCCACCAAGUUUCCGGCCUCUCUGUCGACCAAUGCAGCGGUGAUGGCGUCGACGGUGCUCGCGUCGCGGCUGCCGUCGACGACGCAUGUGUUCAGUCUCAUGCUCUUCUCGAUCGAGGUGUUUGGACUGUUCCCCAUAUUCCGGCGCCAGCUGCGCCAUGUGUCUUGGACGGGGCAUGUGCUACUCACGUUGGGGUUGGUGAGCGUUGCUGGCGGCGCGGUGGGGAUCACACUCCGCGGGGGAUGGGCGGCGGCAGUGGUUGGGUGCAUUCUGGGGAGUAUCCUGACGGCGCUGGGGAUGGGGGGAUGCAGCUGGUGGCUGAUCAGUCUCCAGAAGUAUAAGAAUGUGGUGACGGGGCCUUGGGAUCCGGCCCGUCCGAUUAUCCGACGCCAUUGGGAUUGA